AUGGGAUUUGAUGAGAAGAUCAACAUGCGAUCAACAACAAGAGAUCAAGAACGAUCACUUGAACGUGAAGCAGAUCAAAUGAAACGAGCCGCAGUUCUGGGCAUUGCUGUAUCCACAGUGGCCACGAUCACUGCAGUUGUUGCGAUACCGAUGUUGUGUUCAUAUAUGCAUCAGAUCCAGUCGGCACUGGAGCUGGAGGCUGAUUUUUGUACGGUGCGAACAAAUGCGCUCUUCGAUGAAUUCGAAAAGUUGCAAUUCGUGAGAGGUGUUCGAAGUCGCCUCAAGCGUAGCACAGCGUUACGACGUAAACCUUCAACGAAAAUGGGCAUAUUUCGACCAGAUCGUGCUACACGAGCUCGAGGAGUGGACUCGUACACGAUCGUCGAUGAGGAAUACGGUUAUGGGAUGGAUUUGGGUCAAACGAAUGAUGAGGAGACCGGUGGAACCGGUCAGAGCAGUGGUUAUGAGCCACAAACAGAAAAUCGAGAGUCGAUGGCAGCUGUCGAGAGUAGUACGGCUGAAGAGGGUUAUGAAGGGGUUGGAACUGACGCUGGGCUUGGAAUCGCUGUGGGGUAUGGCGAUGUUCACGUGGUGUCCACCUGUUGCAGUUGCUCAAUGGGGCCAAUUGGACCACCUGGACCAACAGGACCAGAUGGAGCUGAUGGCAAAGAUGGUGAGCCGGGAGCUAACGGGCGACCAGGCGCAGAUGCUCCACUGAACCAGUCGCCAAGUGUGGCCGAUUUCUGUUUCGACUGCCCAGAGGCACCGGCCGGAUCAUCUGGACGACCCGGUCCGAAAGGACCGCCAGGUCUGCCGGGCCUACAAGGACCACAAGGCUUGGACGGACGCAAAGGACUAUCUGGAGAAAUGGGCGCACCCGGAGAGGCCGGUCCAGCCGGUCUACAAGGACCGCCAGGACCGCGAGGGCCAUCUGGUAUCGUCACCGAGGUGCCAGGCCUUGAAGGGCCACCUGGUCCACAAGGUCCACCCGGACCACCCGGACCAAACGGUGCGCCUGGAGUGGAUGGACGAGCAGGCCCAGUGGGGCCAGCGGGACCGCCAGGCGAACCGGGACGAGACGGUCCGCCCGGACGCGACGGACCUGACGGAGAGCAGGGUAUGGUGGGUGAGCAAGGUGCGGAAGGUUCAUGUGACCAUUGCCCACCGCCUCGGACUGCUCCUGGAUACUGA